ACUCGUCGAAGAAAAAUGUGAAAUGAGUGGAGGGGGAAAAAAAGAUCGUCUCUUAUUAAGCUGUAUAUUUCUUCAUGGGAACUGAUUUACUACGGCUUUGCGGCCUGUUAUAUUCCAAUGCCAUAUCAUAAGAGAGAAGCUUAUUAUUACUAGCCUACCUAUGUUUGGGGGGGAACCGAACCGCCCUAACGCAUCGCAACCUCGGCGACAGAUCCGUACUUGGCAUCGGCUAGGAGUAUAUCCUUUGGUCGUCUCCCAUCGUGUUAAAGUUUUAGCUGCACAAUAUCGUGCUAGCCUACGUACGUACGAGGGUGGUAAAUAGAUGGGCAUGGCUUAUAACGAAGACUACGGUCCAUUGGCCCCAGCUUGCGAUACUCUGUCGCCUCUGCCUAAUGGCCAUCGGAAUGGACUCAUCGCCGUCGCCGUCUGCGGCAUAGUGUCGUUUAUCACGACGUCCACAUUGUUCCUAUUCCUGACGUAUAAGUUAGUUACUUGGCAUUUGUGGACCCCGGAGGGAAUAGACCAAGGCCACCAAACCCCAGCAAACGAUCUGUCGCUAGGUUUAGCCCAAAGGAAUUUUGGGUUAUCCAAGAAGGCUAUUCCACAGGGACACGAUGAACAACGGCGGCGACGACAAGCGGCGGGACGAGGGCCGCCAAACCAGUUUCUCGUCCUCGUAUACAACUUGUUCUUCGCCGAUAUGCACCAGGCUACGGCAUUCAUGUUGAAUAUUCCGUGGAUCCAGAACAACGAGAUUACCGUAGGAGUUCCGACUUGCUGGGCGCAGGGCUGGUUUGUGUCGACAGGAGAUCUGUCUGCGAGCUGCUUCAUAUGUGCCAUUGCUAUUCAUACUUAUCUAACCGUCGUGAGAGGGUACAAACCGCCACAGUGGGCCUUGUAUCUUGCCAUUAUCGGUUUAUGGGUGUUUAUUUAUGUUAUGUCUUUUGCCGGUGUGGCUGCCACCAAUAACGGGAGAGGGGCCGGUGGGUUUUAUGUUCGCGCAGCAGCUUGGUGUUGGAUAAACGAUAGAUUCGAGUCGCUUCGUCUCUGGCUUCACUACAUAUGGAUCUUCCUCUCGUUUAUCAUGACGAGUAUCCUAUAUUCGCUUAUCUUCUUCUUCCUUCACCAGAAAAGGGCCUUCUCUCAACCCCUUUCGCAUAGUCGUCCAUCAGCUUCGACACGGUCGGAUACGAAUAACACAUCAACCCAGACAAACCCUUCGGGACACCAUCCCACUUUCCUUAUCUAUCCGGUCAUAUACAUAUUAUGUACAGCACCAUUAGCAUUGGGCCGUGUGGUGAGCAUGUCUGGAACGGAAGUGAGCAUAGCUUAUUUCUGCCUGGCGGGCACGAUGAUAGCCUCUAAUGGAUGGUUGGACGUCCUGUUGUUUUCGACCACACGACAUUCUAUCAUCUUCAACGCGCCCCUCGACUCCGAGGAUACGGGCCUGGAGACAUUCACGUUUAUGAGGACACCGCACUGGAGGCAAUACGGAAAUAUGGUCUGGGUACAGGGUGGAGCUCACACCGGUAACGGCGAAGAUGGCCGGCAAGGUAGGGGACGGAGGAGGGCAGUAUGGGGACUGGGACGGCUCGGAGAGUUGAUAGGGUGGGAUGGGAGAGACGGACGUUCCAAGAAUGGCAACAGCCGCUGGGUUGGAGGUCCAGGUAGCGGGAGCCAGGAAUCCUUAAGGGGUAUUACGAGAGCAGCAGAAGCAGGAAUCCAGAUGGAUACCGUGACGACGGUCGUAGUAGAGGUUGAGCAAGACUCGAAGACGAGAUCACGAGAACCUUCUGCUCACUCGAUUGACAGUUCAGAGAAAGUGCACGAGCAAAGGGCGGGAAGCUUGCGUCUAUGAGAUUAGAGCUUUCGGCCUUAGAGAUAUACAUAAGAUAGAAAUAGAAUCAACUCUGGUAAUCCCGAACUUUUUUUUUUUUCGUUUUAUCAACGAUCGGAUGAAGUCCGUUGUGCCCUGGCGCUGUACGUGUAGGUUCGUGUUGGUUAAGCCUCUAGGUACAUG